AUUCUUCGAACGCCUUCUUCUUUCGUGUCCUCCCCGUCCUCUUGCCGGAGAUAAAGCUGUGAAAAGCGGAGCAACAGGGGUUAUGGAGAGGCCGGCGUAUUUGGAUGAGUACGAGAAGCUCGUCAUCAGGAUGAACACUCCUAAGGUCGUCAUCGACAAUGCUGUUUGCCCGCUCGCAACUCUCGUCAAGGUUGACAGCGCGUCGAGGAAGCACGGCGUUCUCCUCGAAGCCAUCCAUGUCCUAACCGACCUCAACCUCUCUGUCAAGAAGGCCUACAUCUCCUCCGAUGGCCGCUGGUUCAUGGACGUCUUCCACGUCACCGACCAGUUCGGCAACAAGCUCACCGAUGACAGCGUCAUCUCCUACCUCGAGCAGUCUUUGGACACGGGGAACCCGGAAAUCAACAGAAGCCACCGCUGCGAAGGGCUCACGGCCUUGGAGCUGACGGGGACGGACCGCCCGGGCCUCCUCUCCGAAGUCUUCGCCGUGCUUGCCGACCUUCAAUGCGACGUGGUGGAGGCCACGGUGUGGACGCACGAUGGCCGCGUCGCGUGCAUCCUCUUCCUCAAGGACCAGCUCUCCGGCUCGCCCCUCGAUGAUGCGCAGAGGAUCCACCGCAUCGAGUCCCGCCUCCGCCACGUCCUCAAGGGCGACCAUGGCGUCCGCAGCGGCAAGACGGCUGUCACCUCCAUGGCCGUCGCCCACCCCGACAGUCGACUCCACCAGCUGAUGCUCGCCGACCGAGACUACGACCGCUGUCCAUCGGCUCCUGCCUCAUCAACCUUAGUCUCGGUCCAGAACUGGGACGAGCGUGGCUACUCCGUCGUCAACGUGCAGUGUCGCGACCGACCGAAGCUGCUGUUCGACAUCGUGUGGACGCUAACGGACAUGCAGUAUGUAGUGUUUCACGGCACCAUCGACACUGAUGGUGAUUCAGCUCAUCAGGAGUUCUACAUAAGGCAUAAGAAUGGUAGCCCCAUCGAUUCAGAAGCUGAGAGGCACCGAGUGAUCCAAUGCUUGCAAGCCGCCAUCGAAAGGAGAGCAUCAGAGGGCACGAGAUUGGAGCUUUGCAUCGAGGACCGGCCGGGGCUCCUUUCCGAUGUAACCCGAACCUUCCGGGAGAACGGGCUUCUGGUGACGAGAGCAGAGGCGUCGACGAAAGGCGACUUGGCGUCGGAUGUCUUCUACGUGACGGACGCCGCCGGGCAAGCCGCGGAUCCCAAGGCGAUCGAGGCCGUCCGACUGAGGAUUGGUUUUGAUCACCUCAAGGUGAAGGAGGAGCAACGGCCGCGAUUCUGCCGCAAGGAGUCAACCGACAGGGAAGCAUCUCUGGGUGGUGUCGGCACUGGGUUGUUCUACCUUGGCAGUUUAGUUAGGAGAAACCUGUACAACUUGGGGUUGAUCAAGUCAUGUUCUUAGCUUCCUGGUCUGUAUGCACCGCCAGUUGGUGGCUUCUCUUCCUUCAGGGUUUUGUACGUAACGGGAAAGGAAGUGAGAAAUCGAAGAUUCCAUGUAUAUUUUCAUGCAUUGGGGUCAACUCCUGGUCGACCGUUGGUCAACCUUUCAACGCUUUCUAGGCCUCCGACAACACGACAACAUAAAUCUUACGCGGCGUGCCCAAAAGACAACAUGGCUGAACCAACUCGGAAAAUCUCCAGGGUUACGUGCCAAAGGCUACGCUACAUCCAGUCCCGAAAAUUUCUAUGGCUGAUUCAGUUGGAUUCCGUCCAGGCGAACACACCUAUGCAAUGCUGACAUCAUCCUUUCCUCUCAUCAAAUCAUAUUUCCGUGUUUUUUCUUGUUUUUCUAACAAAUAAUAACAUUUCAGUUCCCGGUUCGGUAUAUUUCGAUUUUUGUAACGCUAAUCGUUAAAAUAAUCGAGUUGUUAUAUCAUAUUUAUUAGUAUUAUGUCUUUCUUUUACAUUUCUCACCCGGACUUUUGCAGUUCCAAUAAUAAUUUCUUCUCUCUCUCCUCCUCUCUUGCUUGCUUUCUUCCUCUUCUUGAUUUUGUUGUCGUCUGAAAUCUUCAGUCUCGUGUCUUCCUUUCUUCCUCUUUUUGUUUUUAUUGUCGUCUGAAACCGGCAGCAAUCCAUAUCGAUUAGAAGAGUGGAGCUCGUGGUGGUGACCUCCGAUGGCGAGAGCUGGAAGGAACCCUAAAGAUCGGAACCCGGCGGGCGAAGGAGAGCUCCUUCCAGCCUCGUCUGCGGGUUCUUUCAGUGUUUCUUGAGGUUCAUCUACGCAUGGAGACCAGGGAAGGAGCGUUAACUUCUCCAGCCAUGGCGGUGGCCAACGCGUCAGGGAGAUAUCAGCCUCCACCGCCGCCUCGCAAGGGAGGAGAAUCUUGCUGGCGAUACCGGUGGGUUGCCUGCCGUGGCGACGGAGGCGGCUCCGCAGGCGAGAGUCGCGGUCGGGCCGGUCACGGAGCCGAUAAAGCAGAAGAGGGGGCGGCCGAGGAAGUAUGGACCGGACGGGAACCUGCUGCGGCCGCUGAACCCGAUGCUGAUCUUGGCGUCCGUGCCGACAGGCGUCGAGUACACGUCGGAGGCCGCGGUGGGGGCGGCGAUGAAGCGGGGUAGAGGGCGGCCAGCGGGUUCGGUGAGCAAGACACCACACUACCGGCUAGCGAUGGAGUCUUUAGGAGAGAUGGUGGUUUGCUCUGCUGGUGCCAAUUUCACACCUCAUGUCAUCAAUGUUUCUUCUGGAUGUUACCAUGAAGAUCAUAUCCUUUUUACAACAAGGACCUUGAGCUAUUUGUGUUUUCUCUGCUAAUGGCGUUAUCUUGAAUGUUCCACUACGUCAACCCGAUUCAAGUGGCGGAACAUUAACUUAUGAGGUCUGUGUAUCUCCUCACGUAGCAGGAUGUUCUUUGAUUUCUUUAGUCUGGUUAAUUGUUAAAUACUGUAGAGAUGAUCCAAAAGUUUUUCUUGCACAUAUUCCUGGUUGUGCUAUACUAAUAGAAUUUAGCUGUCA